AUGGAACAACAAGAACCGCCCAGGUCGUUGGCCUCGGUGAAACAUAUAAUGCUUAUUCUUUCAGGAAAAGGCGGGGUGGGCAAAUCUUCUGUCACUACACAAAUAGCACUAGCGUUGGCCCUCAAGGGUAAGAACGUUGGCGUGCUUGACAUCGAUCUUACAGGACCUUCCUUACCACGCAUGUUUGGUGUUGAAAAAAGACAAGUUCACCAGUCUCGGUCUGGAUGGGUGCCUGUUUCUGUCAAUAGCAAAACUGGCGAGUCAGGAUCGCUCUCGUUGAUGUCACUAGGCUUUCUUUUGAAGCAGAGAGGUGACUCAGUGGUAUGGAGAGGUCCAAAGAAAACGGCAAUGAUCCGUCAGUUUUUGAAAGAUGUUGUCUGGCCUGAUUUGGAUUACCUCCUUAUAGAUACACCUCCAGGUACUUCAGAUGAACAUAUUGCUAUCGCAGAAGAACUACGGUGGGCCCAGCCUGUUGAUGGGGCGGUCAUCGUCACGACCCCACAACAGGUCGCUACUGCUGAUGUUCGAAAAGAGAUAAAUUUCUGCAAAAAGGUAAAAUUCGGUAUUAUUGGAGUUGUGGAGAAUAUGAGCGGUUUCAUUUGCCCUUACUGUGCCGAGUGUACCAAUAUCUUCCUGAGUGGUGGUGGACAGCAGCUUUGCGAGUCCUUACAGAUAGAUUUCUUGGGUUCAGUACCCAUAGACCCCACCUUUGUGGAAAUGAUAGAGAAUCAGGAUACAUCAGAGGCAGAAAAGUCUGAUAAGAAGCUCUUGCAGAUGUAUAAAACUGCAAAUUUGUUCUCUGUGAUGGACGGCAUCGUGGACCAGAUUUUGAGCAAAAACUUGCCUUCAAGAGUUUGA